AUGAGUCAAGCCCCACCGCCUGUUGUCAUCAAUGCGAAGAAAGACCACAGAUCGACGGUUAUAUUCCUGCAUGGGCUUGGAGAUUCAGGUGAUGGUUGGUCCGAUGUUUUUGCACAUGAGAUCCGACAUGAUAAUACCAAGUAUAUCUGUCCUAGCAGUGCCUCUCGACCUGUAACCCUGAAUAUGGGCAUGCGAAUGCCCUCAUGGUUCGAUUUAUAUGGUCUAGAUGCUAGUGCUAGAGAAGAUGAUGAAGGCAUUGCACAAGCAACACGACUUGUACAUGGCAUGAUAGAUGCUGAGAUUGCUUCUGGUAUACCAUCAGAGAAAAUAAUUCUCGGUGGUUUUUCGAUGGGUGGCGCAUUAGCCCUUUACGCUGGUUUGACGUACCCGCAUAAGCUAGGAGGUAUCAUUGGACUCAGUUCAUUUAUGAUCCAGCGGGAUAAGAUACCCGGGAGUCAUACAGCAAAUCUCACCACUCCCAUCUUCAUGGGACACGGGUCAAAUGAUUUUCUUGUACCACUGACUUUUGGUCAGCUGACCGCGAACUUGUUGAAAUCAUUCAAUCCAAAUGUGCAGUUUCGUAUAUACAAUGGAAUGGCUCAUAGUAGUUGUGCAGAGGAGCUCCGUGAUAUGAAGCACUUCAUCAAUGAAACGAUUAAUUAAUCGACUGUGUUGUCAUCGAGAUUAUAUUUGGGACAACAGGUCCUUAGUCUACCUGUUAUGUUUCAUCGUCGUCGCAGUUCAGUGCCCAAUUGCAAUGUGUCCUCGUCCAUUCCAUUUUGCUAAUAAUGCUCUUAUAUACUUGUUAUAUAGUACUCGAUAAA